AUGGUAUUGAACAAGACAAUUCUUGUAACAGGUGCUUCACGAGGGAUUGGUCGAGCAAUUGUAGAAGAAUUGCUUGAAAGUUAUAAAUAUAUUUUCGUAGUUGCUGUAGUACGAUCUAGAUCAUCUUUAGCUACAUUACAAGAGAAAUUUGAGUCUCGGAUAGCAAUUGUUGAAGGAGAUCUUAAAGAUGAGAAAACAAAUGUCAGGUCGGUUAAUGUGGCGAUAGAAAGAUUUGGACGAUUAGAUUCUCUUAUUCUGAAUGCGGCAGCUAUAGAGCCUGUUGGAAAAAUUGCUGAUAUUGAUGUAAAUUCAUGGAAAGCUUUAUUUGAUGUGAAUUACUUUUCUCUUCUUUAUAUAUUGAAAAGUGCAAUUCCAUAUUUACGGUCAUUUUGUGGUAGAGUAAUUUUUAUUUCUUCUGGUGCGUCUAUAAAACCGUAUAAGAGCAUGGGUGCGUAUAGUGGGUCAAAGGCUGCAAUGAAUCAUUUAUCUUCUGUUCUGGCGGCCGAAGAAAGUUCAAUUACUUCUAUUUCUUUUCGACCUGGAGUGGUAGAUACACAGAUGCAAACAUCUUUAAGAGAAAAUUACAGUUCAAAUCUAGAUAAGGAUAUGCAUACUAGAUUUAUGGAUCUUUAUCAAACAGGUCAAUUGAUUCCGCCAGAAAAAAUUGCAAGAAUUAUUGUAAAUUUAGCUUUAAAUGCAAAGAAAGAACUAAGUGGCAGAUUUAUUAGUUAUGAUGACAAAGAAUUAAUGGAAUAUGAGAUUCAUAAUUAA